ACUAGUAUGAUUGGACGAACUGUGUAAUCAUUUAAGACGUUCACAUGUGAAAUGAGAAAGUAAAACUAAACCAGGAAUGAUCUCUGUAUGAUCUUGAAUUUAUUACCACUCUUGAGAGUAUUGAAUUUAAGGUAAGUCGUGGAAGAAUUGAGAAACACACUUGAACAAUAUCCAUAUCCUUCAAAGAUGAAUUUCAUUUUUUUGACCCUCUUGAUUAUUAGUGGAAUUACUUACGCAAGAUCAGACCGGUAUGAAGUAGUGAGUCCUGCAGAUACUGUAUUUGCUGUAGCUGGUGAAGAUGUGAUUCUGCCCUGUUCAGUUAAACCCAGCAUCAGUGUUGUGGACAUGAGAGUGGAGUGGUUUAGAUCUGAUCUGAAAAACUCACAACUAGUGCAUCUCUAUGAGGAUCAUGAAGACAGGAACACAAAUCAGUCCUACAGAGGGAGAACAAAACUGAAUCAUGAAGAAUUACAGAGAGGAGAUGCAUCACUCAAACUCUCAUCUGUCCAAGUCUCUGAUGAAGGACGUUACAAGUGUUUAAUUCAGUCCAAAUCCUGGUCUGAUUAUGCUUCUCUUGAUAUCAGUGUUGAAGCUGUAGGAAGUCCUCCAGUGAUCACUGUAGAUGGGUUUGAUCAAUCAGGUGGGCUUCAUCUACAGUGUGAAUCUGAAGGUUGGAACCCUGAACCUUUUCUUGAGUGGCUGAACAGUGAAGGAGCAAGCUUGAGUUCAGAAACAACAGAAAUGCAAAGAAACACAGACGGGUUCAGUGUGAAGCACACCAUCACUGUACAACACAUAGAUGACAAGAUUCACUGCAGAGUCAGACUGAGACAUCACAUGCUGGAGACACUGAUUGUGACCUCAAGUAAGAGUUUUAAUCCUUGGAGGACAUUAAUCAUCUUGUCUACAAUUGCUGCUGUACUUGUUGUGAUUUCUGGAAUACUGUUAGCUGCGUUUGUUCAUACAAACAGAGAACACAACAAACGACAGAAUGAGUACAUGACAGAAAAAGAAGAACGUGAUAAACUACUGGAGGAGAGGAAGAGAAAACAACAAGAACGUGAUAAACUACUGGAGGAGAGGAAGAGAAAACAACAAGAAUACAGUGAACUUUUACAGGAUGAGAACCAGAGAAUAAAACAAGAACGUGAAAAACUAGAGCAGGAGAAGCUCAGAUUUCAACAAGAACGUGAAAAACCACAGGAGGAG